UUGCCCCCCCAACUCAAAGUCUGCGGACCUGGGGGCUUCGGGAUCUGGGCGCUAUGAAAAGUGUCUGCCCAGUCACUUCCGGUUUUUCUUCCCCCAAUCCCUCAGCUGCUGCUGCUGCUCAGGAGGUCAGAUCUGCCACUGAUGGUAAUACCAGCACCACUCCGCCCACCUCUGCCAAGAAGAGAAAGUUAAACAGCAGUAGCAGCAGCAGCAGUAACAGUAGUAACGAGAGAGAAGACUUUGAUUCCACCUCUUCCACCUCUUCCACUCCUCCUUUACAACCCAGGGAUUCGGCAUCCCCUUCAACCUCGUCCUUCUCCUGCCUGGGGGUUUCUGUGGCUGCUUCCAGCCACGUACCAAUACAGAAGAAGCUGCGUUUUGAAGACACCCUGGAGUUUGUAGGGUUUGAUGCUAAGAUGGCUGAGGAAUCCUCCUCCUCCUCCUCCUCAUCUUCACCAACUGCUGCAACAUCUCAGCAGCAACAACUUAAACAUAAGAGUAUAUUAAUCUCUUCCGUGGCUUCGGUGCAUCAUGCAAACGGCCUAGCCAAAUCUUCUACCACCGUCUCUAGCUUUGCUAACAGCAAACCUGGCUCUGCUAAGAAGUUAGUGAUCAAGAACUUUAAAGAUAAGCCUAAAUUACCAGAAAACUACACGGAUGAAACAUGGCAGAAACUGAAAGAAGCAGUGGAAGCUAUCCAGAAUAGUACUUCAAUUAAGUACAAUUUAGAAGAACUCUACCAGGCUGUAGAAAAUCUCUGUUCUUACAAGAUUUCUGCAAACUUGUACAAGCAGCUGAGACAGAUUUGUGAAGAUCACAUCAAAGCACAGAUUCAUCAGUUCAGAGAGGAUUCAUUGGAUAGUGUUCUUUUUCUAAAGAAGAUCGAUAAAUGCUGGCAAAAUCAUUGCAGACAAAUGAUCAUGAUCAGGAGCAUUUUUUUGUUCCUGGAUAGAACUUAUGUGCUUCAGAAUUCCAUGCUACCCUCCAUUUGGGACAUGGGACUGGAGUUGUUUAGAGCUCAUAUUAUAAGUGAUCAGAAAGUCCAGAAUAAGACAAUUGAUGGCAUUCUUCUCUUGAUUGAGAGGGAAAGGAAUGGUGAAGCAAUUGAUAGAAGUUUACUCCGAAGUCUUUUAAGCAUGCUCUCUGAUUUACAAAUUUAUCAAGAUUCUUUUGAACAACGUUUUUUGGAAGAAACUAACAGGCUCUAUGCAGCUGAAGGCCAAAAAUUAAUGCAAGAAAGAGAGGUUCCUGAAUAUCUUCAUCAUGUUAACAAACGUCUAGAAGAAGAAGCAGACAGACUUAUUACUUACUUAGAUCAGACCACUCAGAAGUCAUUAAUUGCUACUGUAGAAAAACAACUUCUAGGUGAACACUUAACGGCAAUUCUUCAGAAAGGUUUAAAUAACCUCCUUGAUGAAAACCGAAUUCAAGAUUUAUCUCUCCUGUAUCAGCUCUUCAGUAGAGUUCGAGGUGGAGUUCAGGUUCUCUUGCAACAGUGGAUUGAAUACAUCAAGGCAUUUGGCAGCACUAUUGUAAUUAAUCCUGAAAAAGAUAAAACCAUGGUUCAAGAAUUGCUGGAUUUUAAAGAUAAGGUUGACCAUAUAAUUGAUGUCUGUUUUCUGAAGAAUGAAAAAUUUAUUAAUGCCAUGAAAGAAGCAUUUGAAACAUUCAUUAACAAAAGACCGAACAAACCUGCUGAACUUAUAGCUAAGUAUGUAGAUUCAAAGCUUCGUGCAGGCAACAAAGAAGCUACAGAUGAAGAACUUGAAAAAAUGUUGGAUAAAAUUAUGAUCAUAUUUAGAUUUAUCUAUGGCAAGGAUGUUUUUGAGGCCUUUUAUAAGAAAGAUUUAGCCAAGCGCCUGCUGGUUGGGAAGAGUGCGUCUGUAGAUGCUGAAAAAUCAAUGCUGUCCAAGCUUAAACAUGAGUGCGGAGCUGCUUUCACCAGCAAACUUGAAGGAAUGUUUAAAGACAUGGAACUUUCUAAAGACAUCAUGAUUCAGUUCAAACAGGUAAAAUAUAUGCAGAACCAAAAUGUACCUGGGAAUAUUGAAUUAACUGUGAAUAUCCUAACAAUGGGUUAUUGGCCAACAUAUGUACCUAUGGAAGUCCAUUUACCACCAGAGAUGGUAAAGCUUCAGGAGAUUUUCAAGACAUUUUACCUAGGCAAACAUAGUGGCCGGAAACUUCAGUGGCAAUCAACUCUAGGACACUGUGUGCUAAAAGCAGAAUUUAAAGAGGGUAAAAAAGAACUCCAGGUCUCUCUUUUUCAAACACUGGUGCUGCUAAUGUUUAAUGAAGGAGAGGAGUUCAGUUUAGAAGAGAUCAAGCAGGCUACCGGAAUAGAGGAUGGAGAGUUAAGGAGAACUCUGCAGUCAUUGGCUUGUGGCAAAGCUAGAGUUCUGGCGAAAAAUCCAAAGGGCAAAGAUAUUGAAGAUGGUGACAAGUUCAUUUGUAAUGAUGAUUUCAAACACAAACUUUUCAGGAUAAAGAUCAAUCAAAUCCAGAUGAAAGAAACGGUUGAGGAACAAGCAAGCACUACAGAAAGAGUAUUUCAAGACAGACAGUAUCAAAUUGAUGCUGCAAUUGUUCGAAUUAUGAAAAUGAGAAAGACACUUAGCCACAAUCUUCUUGUUUCUGAAGUGUACAACCAGUUGAAAUUUCCUGUAAAGCCUGCUGAUCUUAAGAAGAGAAUAGAAUCCUUAAUUGACAGGGACUACAUGGAAAGAGAUAAAGAAAAUCCAAACCAGUACAACUAUAUUGCAUAAAAUGUUGGCCUUGAAACAUUUGGUGUCAUGCAGUAGCCAAUGGAUAAACUAACUUGUUGAAUCCUAUAUUAUUUGACUUCUUUUAUACUACCGAUGACCAAAUGAAAGUGUAAUGGAAAUAGUUGAGUGGACUUUUUCAGUGGUUAACAUGCCCAUUUAAAGAGUAAUACUUACCUUUAAGAAGAAUGUUGUUGAACUCUUUGCAUGUUAUUUAGUAUGAUGUGCAGAAAACUCUUUAAGAAAGUACCUGGUCUUCAUGAUUCCUCUUUGGAACUGAGGAAGAGGUCCCUAUGACUAUUAAAAAAAAGGGGGGGGUUCUUAUACACCAUUAACUAUGAAGCAAAAGAUUUAUUUGCUUAAAAUGUCAUUUAAAGAUACUUAAACUGCAUGCAAACUUUAUUUACUGUACAGAGUUCUGGAUGUAUUUAUCAAAUAGAAAAACCACCCUGGACUUGGUUGUUCACCUGUUUUGUGAUUUCCCUUGAAAAGAAAAAUAUGUUGUCAUAGCUAUUGAUAUUUUACCAGGUAAUGUUCUGUUACAUUGAAAGGGAUGUUUUAAAAAAAACUUAUUUGGAAACAAGUUUUCAAGUAGGGACUGUUGCUUACAUACUAUCUUGUAAAUACACAUCCUAAAAUUUUCCAUUUAUGAGUAUGGGAUGUGUGUAUAUGGCUUAGACCUGAGUUUACUGUGCUGGUUAACAGGUACUUAUAAAAAUAGCUGGAGUAUAAGAUUGCUGAUCAUUUGUACUAGAGGAACAUCAUAGAGAAAUCCAACGCUUUUUUUCAUAUUAAAAAUGAAUACAAUAUGAAAAUUGCAAAAGAGACCAAAUUCAACAUGUUUUGUAAACUAUUCAGGAGCAAAAAUACAUCAGCUGCUUUUCAGUUUACCUUAGACUCUAAACGUUAUUUGGACAGUUUUGUCUUAACUUGGACCAAUUAUAGAUUGUUACAGGCUUCCUAGGAUUUAGCAUUCCUAUUUUCUCUACCGAAGUUUUUUUGGAAGCAUCCCAACUCUCCUCUUUGUUGGUAAAUAAGCCCUAGAUAUACAAGUCUUCCCUUGUUUUCCCCACACACCCUCUGGUUGGGGAUUUCAAAUUCUGUGUCAUAAUGACCCUCUUCCAUUCAAAAUUGCUUCAAGAGUUCUCAUAGCCAGUGGACACCUACUUUUCAGGAGAAUGUCCCAGGAUUGUUCAUACUUUAACAGUAGCAAAAGUAUUGUUCUUCCAAUUGAUAAUUGGUGUAAAAGGCUUCUCUCUACCAUCAGUGUUUUUUAUUGUUUGUUGUUGUUGUUUUGGGGGGAAGGGUCACUUGUUUGUUUUUCCCUGAAGAUUUGAAGCUUUGAAUCGAUCUUGGAGGAGAAGCAGAAAAUGUUUGUCUGGUUGUUUUGUAAAUCAGAACUUCUUUAAUGCUUUUUGCAACAGUGUAUUUUCUUGCCUAUUUGGAGCCAUUAAGAAAAAUACCUAGGUCCUAAUCUUCAGCUAAGGAGACUAUUGACUGUAUGUCUACCAUUGAUUGUUUUCUUGAGUUCUCAAAGACUUCCUGUGGCCAGCUAUUAAAAAAAAUUGCCUGUUCCUCUCUAAUUGCAUAUACUUGUACACUGUUGUCUAGCUAUAUGUGGUAUUUAGAAUUCCUUCCAAAUUCUUUUUGAGCAACUAUUGCCUGUAUUUGCUCAGCUCCUCCCUAUCAGAACUCAUCUGACAAGGAAAUGCAGCUGUUAUGUUUUCCCUUCCAUCGUACUGGACCAUCUACAUCAGUGUUCUAACUCAACCCUGAUGGUCUCUGAGAUGUGUAGACUAUUAUACCAGACUCAAUAGUUAGGAGGAGACCCUUGAUGUCACCUUCAUUAUCUUGAAAGCAGGUCCCUUCCCUGAGGCUCUUAAUUUUUUUUUGAAAACUUGAGGCUGUUUCAGCUGAAAAUUGGCAAGACUAUUAAACAAGUUGAAGGGAGCUCUUUAAGAAAUUGAAAAGUAAUUGCAAGCAAUAUUGGAUGAUUGUGACUUUCAGUUGUUCUGUAUCAGUUGAAUUUUUGUGCUGUUUUUCUCUGUGUACGUGGUGGUUCUAUUUUUCUCCAAUAAAACUUUUAUUUAAAAAAAGUUUCUGGAGAAGCUCUUUAAAAUUCAAAUAUUAUAUGAAAGUUAUAAAGCCAUGGGAUUUAAAAUCUUCUUCCCAGUGAUUUCUUUUAAUGGAUUCACAUUUGCCAAUUUUGUUAUUUUUAAAAUUUUCCCUUUGUUUUUGUGGUGGUUUGGUGAUGAGGUAGGAGUUUGGGGGGGAGGGUAUGGGAAAGAGUAAAAUUCCGAGCAAUACUCAAGGUGAGUAUUUAUUCUUAAAAGUCAUAUUUUUAAAAAAUGAAAUGCAGAUAUAAACAUUGUUUCACUCAUAUUCUCAAAGUCAAAUAGUUCCAUGAAGUCAGUAUGAAACAAAUCUAGAUUUAAGUUGAGGGAAUAAUAAUAAAUGCUUUUUUUUUUUUUUAAAAACGACACUUGAUGUGUCCUUUCUUUCUGUUAACACUUUAAGUUCUGGGCCAGAUAAUCCCUCAGUAAGGUGUUCCUCAAGAACCUUAUAUUAAAAACCAGAAUUUAAGAAGCUUUUUUGAAGCUAGCACCUGAGUCUGUUGAAUGGUCUUUAACAUGCUGUGUUGCUACCAUACUCUUGAAAUUCUACCUUUUAUGUGUGUGUACAUUCAGUAAAUUAUUCUACUUAGGUCUUUGUGUCAAAAAGUUGAGAGGUUUGUUUACUUUUUUAUUCUUAGUGUUCGUAAAUCUUUUUUUUACAUUGGCUGUUUCUAGUUUUGUUUUAAUGACCACUCUGUUUAAUGCUGUGAAGCACAGGAGUGUUAUAAAUAUGUUCUGUUCUCAUUUACAUAAAAUUGCCAAAACAGAUUGUUCAUUAAAGAAAAGAGCAGUACUAAUGGGAAUUUGCAUAAUUAAUGCUUUAUAUAGUGUCCUUGCUAAUGGCUUCAUUAAUGUUUUUUUUUUCAGUUUUCUAAAAACCUUGCUUUACAUUUGAAUAGUGAACAGAUUACACCUAGAAACACUUGGUUCAAAUUUAACACUUUGUUCAUUUAUUUUCAUUUUUUCUUGCUGUAUGAAAAAGUAUUGUUUCUUUUUUUCAACAGAUUAAGUUAUAGAAAUAUAGCAGCAUUUGCAUGUUAGGUGCUGUCGAGUCGGUUCCUACUCAUAGCGACCCUGUGUAC